AUGGACGACUUGGCCCUGUUCAUGGAAUGGGCCAUGGACUCGCUGGAGCAGGAGCACCCAGACCCAGUGGUGGUCGUCAGUGGCGACUCCGGCGACGCAGCCUUCCCCUCGCUUCAGGCGCUCCGUGAGCAGCGUCUCGUCUUCGAAGAGCUGAUUACGGGAGCCAAUCCGGCAAGCAGCGGGAGCUCCGGCGAAACCACAGACGGCAGCGGAGGCUAUGGUGGCAAUUUCUCGUCCCCGGCGGCCAUGGAGCACGACGUCUGGCCCCUGUCCCCGAACUCGGCCAGGGCCGCCGCAAGGAGCCCCACCGGCACCGGGCCCGUGUCGUCGGGGCCGCCGUACGCGCAGGACCAUAUCAUGGCGGAGCGCAAGCGCCGCGAGAAGAUUAACCAGCGCUUCAUCGAGCUCUCCACCGUCAUCCCCGGCCUCAAGAAGAUGGACAAGGCGACGAUCCUUUCCGACGCGACGAGGCACGUCAAGGAGCUGCAGGAGAAGAUCAAGGCCCUCGAGGCAGCCACCGGCCGCGGCAGCAGGAGCAUCGAGACCGUGGUACUCGUCAAGAAGCCCUGCUACGCCGCCGUUGCAGACGAAAACGGCUCGCCCUCGUCGGCGUCGUCGGGGGCGCCGGCUUCGAGGAACCCACUGCCGGAGAUCGAGGUGCGGUUCUCGGAGACCGGCGUGAUGGUGAGGAUCCUGUGCGCCGCCGCCAAGGGGGUGGUGGUGAGGGUGCUGUCGGAGGUGGAGGAGGGGCUCCACCUCACCGUCACCCACGCCAAUGUCAUGCCCUUCACGGCCUGCACUGUCAUCAUAACCAUCACGGCCAAGGGACUUAUAAGUUGA